GAAAGUUGUAAUUUGAUGCUCUCUCCGAAAGGUAUUUUGUGAUUGUUAUAUUUUAUUCAUAGCAAAUAAGUGAAAACAAGAAGGAAACAUUUCUUUACCGUGUCUUAGAGAGAAGUAUUGGAAAAAAAGAUACAGAAAUUUUAUAUAAUCUUGAGAUAUUGCAAGGACUUUUCCGUUCUACGUGUGAAUAAAUUAUAUCGGAAUCAAAUAAAGAAUAAAAGGAAAAUAAAGUUUGUCGGACAUCAGUGAUCAAUAAGCAUACGUACCCGCAUUAAAGGACAUGAUAAAAUGAUACACAUCGAUUUGUUGAAUAAAGAGACAGUGAAAGCGACAUUUUAUCGUUGUACAGAAGAGUGGAUCAGAUAUCAUUAAAGUUACAACGAUUUUAUCGGAUCAGAGGAAGUGCAGAAUUGACAGACACUUUGUAAAUAUGAGUGUGGCACAGUACCCUGGGCGACGAGCCCCGGGUCUUUCAACUACUUCGCGUAUAAAUUAUACAGUUAAUUCGUGUUUUCCUUCGCGAAAACCACGACCUAACAGUUUGAAGGGAAAUAAAACAUUUAAAAAGGAUAUUAAAGAUACAAUGCAACAUGCGGCCCUCAUAAAUAUUGUUGCAGCAGUAAAUGAGAGUAUGCAUGAACCUCUUGCUCCAAGACAAAGCUCCGGAUCGUCGUUAAGAAGCACUGUCACAGUGAUUUCAAAUUUCAUGUUUCCACAUGAAAAAACUGUUUCUAUACCUCAGUCAAAACAAAGGAUAUUUAAUAUGCCAGACGAGAUAGUUCAAAGGAAACCUGUUUAUUACAAGCAUUCCGGUGACCUAGAAGUCAGGACACAAUCUCACAUUCGGUUUUAUGAUGAAGGUGAAGCUUAUAAUCUAAAAUUAAAAAAGAAUGAAACCGUUCCCAAAACGAAAUCAUCACAAAAAGACAUCAUCAAAAGUCUUCCAAACAAGCCAAGGAUACUGGAUAUAAGUUUCACCGAUCCACACAAAAAGAAGCCAGACGUCAAACAUAAACUGCCUUCUGAAUAUGAAGUGCGCAUAACGUCAGGUGUGCGACGUCUUGGCAGUGUUAAAAAAUCUGAAGUGCGAAAAGUGUAUGAACUUCCAAAAUGCGACGCCGUAGAUAUACAGGAUACGCAUGAGAAUAAAACAGACCAGUUAAAGACAGUUUUGGAUGACACUAAGAAGAUAGUACCGCCAGUCACUCCACCAGGAAUGCCUUUUAUUCGCAAUAAAUCCUUACCUGUUAUAUUUCCAACAAAGACAAUUAACAGGGCAUCGUCAUCUCUGCCAUUGAACCAAAGACAACCAACACUUUAUAGGGACCGUCCUUUAUCACAAAGUUUGCGCAAACAAACUCCAGAUUCAAUGUAUAAAAGAAUAAAUCAUCUGCCUAACGGAUUCGCAUACGGUAGUAUGUCUAUAAACAAUGGUAUCAAUCAAGCCCCCGAUAUCACCGGAAAACUCGUGCAUGAUUCCGAAAAGCAACUUCUUGUAAGGGCAUCGCUAAGCAGUAACUCAAAACAAAGGUUUAACCAGAACAUAAGAUCUCCACCUUCCCCAACCAAUGGAUGCGGGGGCGAAAAUGUGUUUAUAACCCUUCAAAAUGAAUUUCCAGAUUACCAGGCUAGAAGUUCAGGUGCGAAAUCAUACAAAAGUAAACACUCAUUAAACGAAGCUGUUCGCAAUACAAUGAGUGGCCGUGUGGCAAGAAUUAAAUCCGAAGAGACAAAGGAAAGCAGUCGGCAAGUUACAUCUGCAAGGAGUAGAAAGAGUUGCUUAACUAGCAGAUCUGGCUUAAGCGAAACACUAAGUGGUUACCGAACGCCAAAGAAAGUUCAGUUUUUAAGCAGUGAUUCAUCACUGAGUAGUUGUGAAACAAAUAGUGUGAAAGAAGAACCAAAGGAGAACGCGGACGUGCACGGAGGUUCGGGUAUUAUACAAGCCCAAACUCCAACAUCAGUGCUCCGGGCUUAUUCACCAGGAAUCCAACCAAUGUCUGCUCGGGAACUGUUACGUCUAGAACAAAAAAUACUCCCUGCAAAUACUCCGCCGCCACCACCAGAUAUUCUUGCGAAUUAUUACGCGACUAACUCCUUAAUAAAUGUGCAAACGUUACAAAGAACAAACAGUGAUAUAUCCACUAAGAUUUGUGACAGUACUGGGAAUGACACGGACAAUGAGGAAUCUGACAACGUAUUUAGAGAUAGUGAAAAUGAUCACAACAACAGACAUAACCAAAAUGACAAUACUGAGGAUACAGGAUACAAGAGUGAAGUUGAAAGCGAAUUUUGCGGAUAUUCUGAUUCAAAUGACAUCGAUGAGGCCAACGAAGUAGAUGAAAGUGAUAACGCAGGAUUUUAUAAAUUAGUGAAAGCAGUUGAUAAACAACCAUAUGAAGGAUUUGAACAUAAGAAGAUUCGUCGGUCGUCAUCAAGUUCGAAAUCAAAAGAUCAUGAAAAAGAUAGUCAAAAAGCUCAAUAUGUCAAGAUAAGACUGAGCUAAAUGAAACGGUUAAAUUAUAUAUAAAUACCGGUAAUAUGAAUUGUGUGUGUUUGAAAACAAAACGGCAGUCCAGUCGAUAAUAUAUUCAACGGGGAAUAAAAACUCGGUUCACGAAAAGAGUGAAUACUUUCCUAAGCGAAAACAUCUCAGUCGGGAAUUAGAGCUACGGUGGCAUUUAUUUCAGUGAUGAUUUGUCCAAAACAUUGUAGCUGAAGAUUUACAUUAACUCAAAAAAGCGAGCACGUUCUUUUGAAUUAUUAAUGGGUCGAUGACUGAAACUAUGUAAAAAAUCUCUUAGAUCACGUUUAUGGUGUUUCUUUUGCCCUAAAUGAUAAAUCAGUUGUUUAUUUUAAGGUUGUAUUGAUGUCUAGUUCAAAUUGAUAACAUAUUUGUACUUAUCAUUUAGGAUAACAUACCAGUUGUGUAGAUCAAUAUAAACGCAUUGAAUUGCUGAUUUGCUAAUACCUGGAAUGCUAGUAACUUGAUUCAUCCAUAUCAAAUUAAUGAGUCAGUAUUUAUCUGCUCAACUGACAGAUUAUACUGUGAAACCAGUAGAUCCUUAUAUUGUUGUUUGGGGACUCCGUGGCCGAGUGGUUAAGGUCGCUGACUUCAAAUCACUUGCCCCUCAUCGAUGAGGGUUCGAGCCUCACUCUGGGCGUUGAAUUCUUCAUGUGAGGAAGUCACCAGCUGGCUUACGGAAGGUCGGUGGUUCUACCCAGGUGCCCGCUCGUGAUGAAAUAAUGCACGGAGGGGCACCUGGGGUCUUCCUCCACCACCAAUGCUGGAAAGUCACCAUAUGGCCUACAAUUGUGUCGGUGCGACGUUAAAUCCAACAAAAAUUAUAUUGUUAUUUGGUGACAGUAUGAAAGGUGAAAAAGAACGGCUGGAUAUCCCUCUCCGCAAUUUACCAAUAAUUAUUGUAUACACAAAUGGAUAAUUCAGCGUUGCUUACUAUAUUUUUCUCUAUACAUCUUGAAAACUACCAUAUAAAGGAGUUAUGAAAAGACAAUGAUAGCAAUGUUUUAGUAAAUGUGAACAAUGCAUCUAAGUCCUUUCACUCUUUAUUGAUAGAUAUGAGAAAAAUUUCUAGGUUUACUCCCCUUAUUACACAAUACAAACUGCGUUAAUGAAUUGUGUUGUAAUUGUUUAAAGUACAUUGGCACUUGCUACGAUAUGUAUGUAUCAAAUAUCAUGUUUGUAAUGCAUUAAACCCAAAAACAAUAAAGUAAACAUAGUGUCAAUAAACCCUUUCAUGUGUGCCAGACUUUAAAAAACUUUAUGCCAAGCCCCCCUUUUUCUAUAGAUUUACUUAAAUCUUAGCGCCGUCACAUAUCAUGAAAUUUCAAUACGAACACUACACUGUUGAAUAAACAAUAUUUAUAGAUAAAAAUGGAUUUUAUUAAUGAUAUUUCUUAACUUAAAUCAUUUCAAUAGAUUUAAAAUCCGCAAAAAUCGAAACUGGUAUUGAACUGCGGUGAUUUUUUGUCCGUGAAGAGCGUGUCGACUCGGUUGCAAGGUUUGGAUCGGACAACUUGUGCCACGCAUUGUUUAACCAUCCAAGAAAAUGACUUCACUAAGCUUCACACUAACAAAAGAAACAGUAGGAUCAAGUCUGUUUCGAAAGACCCAGGUGUUAGAGAACAAUGGGGAAUUGUACAUGUUCAAAAGUGGAAGAAAGGAACGAAAUUCAAUACACAAGCAAUGAUGAACAAUUAGACAUCCUAGUCGAGCAAAUACUGUCUGAUUUAUUUCCUAAUAGAAGACGUUCUUUUGAUCUUGCAACUGAUACUGAUGAUAAUGAAAUUGAGUAUGAUGAUGAUUCUGACACUGAAGGCAAUUCAGUAACACCAUCUAAUAUAUCGUUUGAGAAUGAGUCCAUUGUGAGCAGGCUAGAACAAAUCUACGUAGAAGAUGACACGUGUGCUAUAUGUGCCUAUAACUAUGACGAAAAUCAGCACGUGCCGCGGAUUCUACCAUGCGGACAUACCAUUUGCCAGUAUUGUAUAAGGAAAAUGGCAAGAAAAUCUAAAUUUCGGUAUUUUGAGUGUCCACUGGAUAGAAAGUGUCAUAGAAUCAAACCACAACAUACAGUUCGUCCACUGGAAAAUCGACAAUGGUCUAGCUCACGAAUUCUUGCAAGUGAACGUGAUAAUUCAGACACAUAUAGUACAGAAUUUCUUCAAAGCAAUAUCAACACUUUAGAUAACUUUGAGCAAACACACGUAGAUUCAACAAGCGACGAAGUGAGUGAAAGUAGUAUUCUUGAUAUCAGUCCAUUACCAGUGCCUUCACACUACCAUACAUUUAACACCGAAAAUCCUAAUACUUACUAUACUGGGCAGCUGCCAGGGGUAGCCAAUGCUAAUGUUGAAAGCCGGGUAUCUCAGCGGUAUUUAGAUAAUGAGACGGAAGUCCCGACAAACGAAAGUAAUCAUUCAGAUAUUGAUUCAGUUUGUACGGCAGGUUUAAAUGAUAUGUCACAACACACGAGAAUCAGUUCUCAAGCUUGGACUGGAAGGCAUCAGGGAAGUGGUAAUAUGUUUAGUGCUCACAGUGACGUUAUUGAUGAAUUUAUGAGACAAAAGCUUGAUUAUUCGGAAUCUGACGCAGGACAAGAUUUGGUUCUUGUGAAUGAAUGGAAGACACGGCAUGAUAUAUAUGACGAUGAACGGUCUGUGAGGUCUUUUGAAUGGGUUGAACCAGAUUACUCUUCCGAAUCGGAAUAGAUACUACCGACGAAAUUGUUUUUCACGUCACUUUAGCAAUUACAACAAGCAACCUGAACAUGCAGUUCGUUUACAAAUAAUGAUACUCGUUCAAAUAAGCAACAAAUCUUUAUAUUAAUAACCAGGAUGAAAAAUUGAGACGGUCACAGACUAAAUCAUUUUUGCUAUCAGUUGCUAUUACUAACAUUAGAACAUGUAAAGUGACUAAAUUAUCAUCGUAACAUGUAGCAUAUAACUCAUGUCAAAGGCUUACAAAGCGUUAACAAUGUUUUUAGAAAAUGAGAAAAAUGUUGGACACGAAUACCGAUAUCUGAGGACUGAUAAUUAUUUAUAGCUUGUCUUUCGUACUAUACAGCUUAAAACGUUCAAUCCGUCAACAAAGCAAACGUCUCUCGUAAAAAAUGUACAAUUUAAAAGCCCAAAUAAAGAUACCCGUUUAUGCUAGACACAAAAGUGAGGCACCCGAUUGUUUCCCAGAACGUUAGCUAAAUAGUGUUACCAAAUAUACCGGGAUACCAAAUCAAGAAUUUAAUAGCAUCAGGUGAAUUUAGAAAAGCUGUUUAGAAAGUAGUUUAAAAAUGAUGAAAUUUAUAUCAAAUAACUACAAGUGAUCUGUGUAUUCUGAAUACGUAAACUUCUGUAAAAUGUAUGUACCAUAAUUAUAUUACAGUGAUUCAAUGACUGUUGCAGUAAAAAACAAAUGUAUUUCUAUUAGUUUAAUAGUAUUUAAUUGUAUUUGUUAUUAAGGCAUAUAAACAAAUUAAUAAUAUGAACACAAAAAGUAACAUACAGAAAUGGAUUGGGCUACGAGUUGUAUCAACAUCAGCAAACGGCCCAUUCCGCAUGAAGUCAAAUUAACAGAUCUGUAAACAAAUUGACCGCUCAUCUUUUUAACUAUGUACAAUGAAUGAAAAUACAUGAAAUGAUUUAAAACUAGUUAAUUUAUGAUCGGAAAAGGGAUAGAAAGAGUUGAGAUAAUCUGCAUUUCUGUGAUUAAGAUAUACUUCAGAACAUUGAAAUUGCUACCAGAUGUGUGAAGUAAUGCCAUAGUUCAUAGGCAGAAUCAUUGAUCUACCGUUAGCAAACUACACUUAUCUCAUUGGUCGCUAACUGGUCAUAUGAAGGUCCAUAGAAAAUGGUAUAUACCGUCUUCUACUGAUAUUCUUGUAAAGAACCUCGGCCGAUUUGUUUGCCAUGUAUAAAAUUCUUGAUUUUGUUAAUAUUUCAAAUUUAAUUGCUUUAAAUAUAAUAUUACAGUCAUAAUAAGUACAACAUCUAAAGUUUGAUCGUCUGAGAAAGUUGCAAGAUGAUUAUAUAGGUGGGUUGCCUGGGUACAUUUUUUCUUGAUGAAAAUAUUUAUUUACCAUACAGCUCUUUUUAGUGUAGUUAUAAAAAUUCUUAUUGUAUGAUGAUAUAAGCAAAUACCAAAGUCAAUGGACCGGCCAGUGAAUAUCACUUUUGUAGGUCCCUCAACUUGGCUAUUCGCUUCGUCAUCACACAACACCAGAUAUCUGACCUUUUAGAGGUUACACUCUACCAAUUCAAUUCCUUAUUUAUUUCAUAUUAACAAUAAAAUAUUCAGACCUCAUUUUCAGCACUUUAAAGCAUUUCAAUGACAUGAAAACCAUAUAUGGUCAUUUAGUAUGACACGUCUUCUUAUAAAAAAAAAUAGAAAAAUAUUGACAUGUUAUGUUGUAUAUAAGAAAAAUAAUCUGUUCUGAGAAAUAUCACCCUCUAAAAAUGCCCCUAUGAAAACAGUCUUUUAGCAAUUACGCGUAGGUAGACAUUUGUCGCAAAGAAUAAAACUUAUUCCAGGAAAUUCACUAUGAAAAUGGUCUAGAUCUUUUCUCAUACAAUAAGCAAUAAAAAUAAGCCAAAUAUUUAACUGUCACCUCAUGUCACUCAUUAUAACAGAUUUCAUCCAAAACAUGGAACUACAUUUUGGACUACUUCACAUGUAACACUGAGUAGUCACUUCCGGUUUGGUGUAAUCUGUCCUUAAACGGGAAGUUUUGAUGCUUGCUUGAUUCUAGUUAAAUGAAAUUUUAUCAGUAUUUUAGAUAUACACGAUCAGUAAACCUAAGUAAUUAGCGUCGCGUAUUUGCCAGUUAUCCGCACGUGACAUUAUCCAGACCCGAAAAGACAAAUGCUGUCUUUGUAAAAGCAAGGGAAAUCUCUUGUUUCUAGGUAUCGAACUCACAGCCUAGUAGGUGAUGAAACUGAUUGAGAAUAUAAAUAGAAAAACUAGCCAUUGUUAGGAUGAGAUCGACACCAAAACAGGAAGCCGAUCCGAAGGAUUUUAUUAACAUGUAAGACGAGUAAAUAUCGCAAUGCUUACCAAGACUUAUAAAAUAAGCUUUCAUUGUUAAUAUUUACAUGAAUUAACUUUGUCUUAACUUCCUGCUUGUAUUUCAUAACAUUAUAAAUAUUUUACAUGUAAUUUUUGUCACGUACUUGUUACAUACAGAUUCCCCUUGAUUAUUGAAAUAAAUUAUGAAAUUUGACGAACCUUUACGCAAGACAGAUUUUAAAUUACUGUAAAUAUUUGUCAGCAUUCAUUUUCCUUUUUGGAAUAUUUAUGGGUUUACUUCAUAAGUUAUUCAUUAGUUGUGUUUUAAUACUAUAUUGAAAAUGUAUUUCAGUACUUGUCAAAUGUCACUUCCGAUUCUUGUAUUUUGUUACUUUUAAAUUCGAUUAUACUCGACUGACAAUAUUCAUAAAUGGCAGAUUUUCAACACAGUGUAUGUUUAUGGAAGACAAAAAAAAACUGAAAAUAAAUAUCUUCAAUACA